GUGAAUUGAGCUAGGAGAAAUCCAGGAUGUCUUUACCAUUCUACCAGAGACAUCAUCAACAUUUUGACCGUGCGUAUCGUCACAAGGAGUUGGAGUCCACUCUAAGUCAGUAUCAAAAAGAGGAGAAGCGCAAAUCUGCCAUCUACACUCAUGGAUCUACUGCCUAUAGCCAGGAAGCUGCAUUGGCCUACCGCCAUGGGUCAGCAUCUUAUGACCAACAGUCUGCAGCAUCCCUCCAUGAAUUGGCUAAAGCCUAUGCUCAUGAAUCAGCAGUUCACAGCAAAAGAUCUGCAGCUUACAGUCAAGAAUCUGACCUGAUGAGUAAGAAGGCUGAAGUCUACCAUCUUGGAUCUGAGUUGGUCAAUAAGAAAGCUGAAGCUUACCGCCUUGGAUAUGAAACAUAUAGUCGAGGAAAAAUGACAGAUGAUCAUUACCUGAAGUUGAGUCCCAAAGCAAAGAGGGCCAAGCAAAGUUUACUGUCAGAGGAGAAAGAAAACACAGCUAUUGAUUACAUAGUACCUGUGUUCACAGGAAGGCAAACUUAUGUUAGUGGGAUUACAGACACAGAACAAGAAAGAAUUAAAGAAACUGCUGCAUAUGUUGCCAGAAGGAACCUUUUUGCAACUGGUGAAGGAAUUACUGCAACCCAUAAGGAAACGUCGUCUUCUGUGGAAGAAGAAACACAUGAGAGGAAAUCAAGAAAAGUAGCCAUUCGAGAAACAGCUGAACGAAUGGUUCUAAAGAAAACGUUAAGAGAGACAGAGGACUUCCGCAGAAAAUUGAAUGAAGACGGUCUGUUACAUGCUCCUGAAUUUGUUAUCAAGCCUCGUUCACACACUAUCUGGGAAAAACAGAAUGUCAAAUUACAUUGCACUGUGACUGGCUGGCCGGAACCCCGUCUAACAUGGUACAAAAAUAAUGUUCCCAUCAAUGUCCAUGUUCAUCCUGGAAAAUAUGCAAUUGAAAGUCGGUACGGGAUGCAUUCUCUGGAAAUUAACAAAUGCGAUUUUGAAGACACAGCUCAGUAUCGUGCUUCUGCCAUGAAUGUAAAAGGAGAACUGUCUGCCUAUGCUUCUUUGGUGGUGAAGAGAUACAAGAAGGGAGAGUUCGAUGAAACUUUUUUCCAUGCAGGAACUACCACGCUGCCCCUGAGCUUUGGUGUUACUCCACAUGGCUAUGCUUCCAGGUUUGAGAUCCACUUUGUGGAUACAUUUGAAGUUUCAUUUGGAAGAGAAGGUGAGACAAUGAGUCUGGGCUGUACGGUUGUCAUUCACCCUGACAUCAAACGUUUUCAACCAGAAAUCCAGUGGUACAGGAAUAGAGUUCUGAUUUCUCCAUCCAAAUGGGUCCAGAUGCAUUGGAGUGGAGAGAGAGCUACACUGACCCUGACUCAUGCCAACAAAGAGGAUGAAGGUCUUUACACCCUCCGUGUGGUAAUGGGGGACUACUAUGAAGAGUACAGUGCUUAUGUUUUUGUUAGAGAUGCUGAUGCAGAUAUACCAGGAGCCCCUGGUUCUCCAUUGGAUGUGAAGUGUUUGGAUGCUAACAAGGAUUAUGUCAUCAUCUCUUGGAAACAGCCAGCUGUUGAUGGGGGAAGUCCCGUCUUGGGAUACUUCAUUGAUAAAUGUGAAGUUGGUACUACGCACUGGUCCCAGUGCAAUGAGACUCCAGUGAAGUUUGCUCGCUUUCCAGUCACAGGUUUAAUAGAAGGACGCUCCUACAUAUUCCGAGUCCGAGCUGUGAAUAAUGCUGGAAUAAGCAUUCCAUCCCGCAUUUCAGAGCCUGUGGCAGCAUUGGAUCCUGCUGAUAGGGCUAGACUUAGAAGUCACCCUUCUGCUCCUUGGACAGGACAGAUUAUUGUCACUGAGGAAGAACCUACAGAGGGCAUUGUUCCUGGACCACCCUUAGACCUCCAUGUUACAGAAGCCACAAAGAAUUAUAUUGUGCUUAGCUGGAAACCUCCGUAUGAACGGGGUCACGAGGGUGUCAUGUACUUUGUUGAAAAGUGUGUUGCAGGAACCGAAAACUGGCAAAGAGUGAACACUGAGAUCCCUGUGAAGUCCCCUCGCUUUGCACUUUUUGACUUAGCUGAAGGGAAGUCCUACCAAUUCCGUGUCCGUUCUUGUAAUUCAGCUGGAAUUGGUGAGCCCUCAGAAGCCACUGAAACCACUGUGGUUGGUGACAAACUUGAUAUUCCUAGUGCCCCUAGCAAUGUUGUACCCACCAGAAAUACAGAUACCUCAGUAGUUGUCACUUGGACAGAAUCCAAAGAUGCAAAAGAAUUGGUUGGCUACUACAUAGAAGCAAGCAAAGUUGGAUCUGGUCACUGGGAACCAUGCAACAAUAAACCAGUAAAAGGCUCAAGAUUCAUUUGCCAUGGACUUACUACUGGGGAUCACUACACUUUCCGUGUCAGAGCUGUUAAUGCAGCUGGACUCAGCGGAUUUUCACCAGAGUCAGAAGCAGUUGAAGUCAAGGCAGCUAUUGGGGGAGGAUUGCUUCAUGGUGUAUGUCCUGGACUAAGUGGUAAAGCUGAUGGACUAACAGACCACACAGCCAACUGGGAAGGCAUGCAUGAGUCCUCCCAGCCUAUCUUUGACACAGAUGCUUUGUUAAAAUGCAAUGCUAAACCUAACAGGCAAACAGGGCCCAGUAGCCCUGGUAAGCAGAGGAGUCCAUCAGACACUAAAAUGAGUGAAACACAUCCUACUCCUUCAUCACAAAAACCAACUACCAAGCAGGCAAGUAAGUCUCGUCCUGAGGAUCGCUCAGAAUUGGAGAAAAAGAAAAAGAGAAGUGAUAUAGCUCCUCCUUCUCCACCAUAUGACAUCACGGUGCUUGAAAGUGUUCGAGACUCAAUGGUUCUUGGAUGGAAACAGCCCAAAGUGAUUGGUGGAGCUGAAAUAACUGGCUAUUUUGUGAAUUACCGGGAAGUGAUUGGUGGAGCACCUAGAGAAUGGAAAGAAGCUAACAUUAAACCUGUUAGUGAAAGAGCAUACAGGAUAAAUGACUUGAAGGAAAACAUGACCUACCAGUUUCAAGUAGCUGCCGUUAACUUAGCUGGGCUUGGAACACUUUCUCCAGCUAGCAAAGCCUUCAAAUGCGAAGAGUGGACCAUUGCUGUUCCAGGACCACCCCAUGAUUUGUCAUGCAGUGAAGUUAGGAAAAACUCUUUGGUUCUAUUAUGGAAACCACCAAUUUAUGUUGGCCGAAAUCCUGUAACUGGUUUUUAUGUAGAUUUGAAACAAACACAUGCAUCAGAUGAACACUGGAAGAGUGUAAAUGAGAAAGCUACUGCAAACAAAUUCUUAAAGAUCAGUGGCCUUAAAGAAGGCACCAGUUAUGUGUUCCGUGUACGAGCAGCAAACAAAGCUGGAGUUGGGAAGCCUUCAGAUCCCACUGACCCUGUAAUAGCUGAAACCCGCCCAGGAACGAAAGAAGUUGUAGUUGAAGUAGAUGACAAUGGAGUUAUUUCACUGAACUUUCAAUGUGAUGAAAUGACUGCAGACUCUAAAUUCAUCUGGUCCAAGAAUUAUGAACCAAUUGAUGAUGACUCUCGAUUAGCCAUUGACACCAAAGGUGGAAAGUCAAAAGCUAUCUUUAAAGAUCUUGGUGAAGAUGAUUUGGGUAUUUACUCCUGUGUUGUAACAGACACAGAUGGCGUCUCAUCAAGCUAUACAAUGGAUGAAGAAGAAAUGAAGCGUCUACUCGCACUCAGUCAUGAGCACAAAUUCCCUGUUGUCCCCCUUAAAUCUGAAUUGGCAGUGGAAACUCUGGAGAAGGGACAGGUGCGAUUCUGGCUACAAGCUGAGAAAUUGUCUGGCAGUGCUAAAGUCAAUUUUGUCUUUAACGACAAGGAAAUUGUAAAUGGAGAGAAAUACAAGAUGAAGAUUGACCACAAUUCUGGUAUGAUUGAAAUGUUUAUGGAUAAACUUGAAGAUGAUGAUGAAGGUACAUAUACCUUUCAACUUCAAGAUGGAAAAGCAACCAAUCAAUCCAGUCUUGUUCUUAUUGGCGAUGUGUUCCAGAAACUACAGAAAGAAGCAGAAUUUCAGAGGCAAGAAUGGUUCAGGAAGCAAGGUCCACAUUUUGUUGAGUAUCUGGGAUGGGAAGUUACUCCUGAAUGCAACGUGUUGUUGAAAUGCAAGGUAGCUAACAUUAAGAAGGAAACAAACAUUGUUUGGUACAAAGAUGAAAGACAGAUCAUGAUUGAUGAAAAGCAUGACUUUACGGAUGGUGUAUGUACUCUGCUGAUAACAGAGUUUUCUAAGAAAGAUGCUGGUAUAUAUGAAGUAAUACUGAAAGAUGACCGAGGAAAGGACAAGAGCAUAUUGAAGCUUCAAGGAGGAGCUUUUGCAGAUUUGAUGACGGAAGUAUGCAAAGUGAUUGCUUUAUCUGCAACAGAACUGAAAAUUCAGAGCACAGAAGAGGGUAUCAGAUUAUAUUCCUUUGUUAACUACUACUUGGAAGAUCUGAGAGUGAGCUGGUCACACAAUGAUGUCAAAAUUAAGUACACAGAGAGAGUUAAGACUGGUGUCACUGGGGAGCAAAUCUGGUUGCAAAUCAAUGAGCCAACACCCAACGACAAGGGAAAAUAUAUUUUGGAGCUCUUUGACGGUAAAACUGGACACACAAAAGUGGUGGAUCUCUCUGGGCAAGCAUUUGAUGAAGCCUUUGCUGAAUUCCAGAGGCUAAAAGCAGCUGCUAUUGCAGAGAAAAAUCGUGCCCGGGUGCUUGGAGGUCUGCCCGAUGUUGUCACCAUCCAGGAAGGCAAGGCUCUUAACCUUUCUUGCACUCUCUGGGGGAAUCCUGCCCCAGAGAUUUCAUGGCUGAAGAAUGAAAAGCUUCUGACAGGAGACGACCACAUCAUCCUGAAAUUUGAAUCGGGGAAACAAGCGACCUUCACCGUCACUGCUGUCAGCACAGCUGACUCAGGGAGAUACAGCCUUGUAGUGAAAAACCAAUAUGGCACAGAGACAAGUGAUUUCACUGUAAGUGUAUUCAUACCUGAGGAAGGGGUGGAGAUCCCUCAUCCAGAACAUGGUAAAGGAGAUAAGAAAAAGAAGAAAUGAAGCUAAAACUAAGGACAAAUGUUGGGGAGAGCUAGAAUACUGCCUGGUUUAAUAAUUGUGUGUGUGUAAACUAUUUUGCCUGUGCCUAGGAGGUAGCUAUCUGGGUCCUUCCACUCACUUCAUUUGAGGCAUUAUGACUGACUGAUAUCAGGUAAAAGUGGCUAAUGCUUCACCACCACUUUCCGACACGUUCUUCUAAUACACUUCUCUCGUCUCAGUCUUCAACCUUAAAUGAACCAAAACUAUCAGUGACUGUAUCUAGUAACUAGUAUUUGGUUCUUCCUCAAUGUCCAUAUAUCACAAGCACAAUAUUUAAAUAACUCAUUUAAUUAGUGAGGGGAGUGAAAGGAUGAGUAAGAACUAUGGUUUACUGGAGAUCUAGAUUUGAUCAUAUUGGUAAUCUAGUAUCAACUGAGUGUACUGUAGGGUAGUACUAGAAAGCAGAUGUUAAAGUAAAACAAUGUAUGUGUUGCCAGGAUAUUAAUACACACUAAUGUCAAAGAAAAAAUUUGAAUCCUCCUCAGUUUCACAAAUAAAUACAUUACUUUUCAAUCA